GCUGUUCAAUGGUAUCAAAAAGAUGCAGAAAAUGGAAAUGUUUUUGCACAGUAUUUUUUAGGUAAAUGUUAUGAAAAUGGAGAUGGUUUUGAAAAAGAUGAAUAUAAAGCAUUCGAAUGGUAUAAAAAAUCAGCUGAAAAAGAGUACAGUAAAGCACAAUGUAGACUUGGAUUUUUUUAUAAAAAUGGUGUUGGUACAGAAAAAGAUUUAGAAGAAGCCUUUAAUUGGUAUCAAAAAGCAGCAGAAAAUGGAUGUAAAGAAGCACAAUAUAAUUUAGGAUUAUGUUAUAUAAAUGGAGAUGGUAUUGAAAAAGAUGUAAAUGAAGCACUUAAAUGGUAUAAAAAAUCAGCUGAACAAGAACAUAAUGAAAAACAAAACAAACUUGGAUAUUUUUAUAAUUAUGGUAUAGGAACGGAUGAACAUUCAAAAGCUUUUUAUUGGAAUCAAAAAGCUGUAGAAAAUGGGGAUGAAAAAGCACAAUAUAAUCUUGCUUUAUGUUAUGAAUAUGGAGAUGGUAUUGAAAAAGAUGAAGCUAAAGCACUUGAAUGGUAUAAAAAAUCGGCGGAACAAGGAUAUACUGAUGCACAAGAUAGUUUAGGAACUUGUUAUAGGAAUGGUAUUGGUACAGAAAAAGAUUUAGAAAAAGCCUUUUAUUGGUAUCAAAAAGCGGCAGAAAAUAAUGAAUGUAAAGAAGCACAAUAUAAUUUGGCUGUAUGUUAUGAAAAUGGAAUUGGUGUUGAAAAGGAUGAAGUUAAAGCAUUUGAAUUGUAUAAAAAAUUAACAGAAGAAGAAUAUAGUAAAGCGCAAAACAAACUUGGUUAUCUAUAUGAAAAUGGUAUAGGUAUAGAAAAAGAUUUAGAAGCAGCUUUUUGUUGGUAUCAAAAAGCAGCAGAAAAUGAAAAUAAAUUUGCACAAUAUAAUUUGGGAGCAUGUUAUGAAGAUGGGGUUGGUGUUGAAGAAAAUAAAGUUAAAGCACUUGAAUGGUAUAAAAAAUCAGCUAUACAAGAAUAUAGUAAAGCGCAAUCUCAAGUUGGCUCCUUUUAUAAAAAUGGUAUAGGUACAGAAAAGAAUUUAAAAGAAGCUUUUUAUUGGUAUGAAAGAGCAGCAAAAUAUGGUGACAAAUACGCACAAUAUAAUUUAGGUGUAUGUUAUGAAGUUGGAAUUGGUGUUAAAAAAGAUGAAGUUAAAGCGUUUAAAUGGUAUAAAAAAUCAGCUAAACAAGGA